AGUGGAGAAAACCACAGACUUCCCCUCUGCUGAGUUCUCCCUGGUGGAGGAUGUGGCUCUGCACUUCACCUGUUUGAUGGACAGGCUGAACGAGCAGCGCCUCUUCCAGCCCGACCUGUGUGACGUCGACAUCGUUCUGGUUGUCCAGCACAGCACCUUCCCGGCCCAUAAGGGGGUCCUGGCGGCCUACAGCCCUUUCUUCCACUCCCUGUUUGGCGCAGAGCAAGCAGCGCGGCGGGUGGACCUGUCUCUGGACGCCCUGACCUCCCAGGGCCUGCAGCAGAUCCUGAACUUCAUCUACACCUCCAAGCUGCUGGUGAGCAGCCGCACUGUCCGCGACGUGCUCAACGCCGCCGCCCUGCUGCAGAUGAGCGACAUCGCGGCCCCUGUCGCGAACCUCAUCAGCAGCCACUCGCUGAGAACCACCUGCGCAGACAUGGCCAAUCAGGAAGGAGCUGGUGUAGCGACGCCCUCCAACCUGCUGUACACGGAUAUCAAACAGGAGGCAGGGCUGGGGUAUAAGAGGGAGGGCAGCUUCUCUGUGAGGGUGGAAGAGGCGGGCAAGACGAAGGUGGAGAGCAAUGGAGAGGAGUCGAAGAGCCCAGACAGCCAUGCCUCCUUCAACAGAGACCAGAUCAUUGUUGAAGUCAACCUCAACAACCAGACCCUCAACGUGUCAAAGGGCCCCGAGAGCAAAUCAGCAAACAUCAUUGAGGCCGGCGCCAUGUUUAGUUGCUGCCACGACGAGAGAGAUUCAGAAGAGGAGAGUGAGGCGGAGAACGACGACACAGUUGGAGAAGAGGAAGAUGAUGACCUGAGGAGGGGGGAGAUGAUGGGGCAGAGCAGCGAGGAGGAAGACGAGGAGGAGGAUGAGGAAGAGGAGGAGAAUACUCUAAACAUUCCAGGUUUGGAGCCGCCGGCCCUGAUGGAUCGACCUCGCCGGGGAACCAGAGCCUUCGCCAUGGCCUGCACAACCACCUCCAUGAGGCAGACUCUCACUGAGGCAACGCUGGCCAAUCAGAGGCCAGGGAAGAGGAUGCUGGAUUCAGACGGGCCGGGCCAGAAGGUGAGGCUGGAGGAGAAGCAACACUUCCCCUGUAAGAAAUGUCCUCGCGUCUUCAACAACCGCUGGUACCUGGAGAAACACAUGAACGUCACUCACAACCGCAUGCAGAUCUGCAACAACUGCGGGAAACGCUUCCUGCUGGAGAGCGAGCUGCUGCUGCACCAACAGACCGACUGUGAGAAGAGCAUCCAGUGUGUAACAUGUGGCAAGGCCUUCAAGAAGCUGUGGUCGUUACACGAGCACAACAAGAUCGUGCACGGUUACGCCGAGAAGAAGUUCUCCUGUGAGAUCUGCGAGAAGAAGUUCUACACCAUGGCUCACGUCAGGAAGCACAUGGUCGCCCAUACGAAGGACAUGCCAUUCACCUGUGAGACGUGCGGGAAGUCGUUCAAGCGCAGCAUGUCCCUGAAGGUUCACUCUCUGCAGCACUCAGGAGAGAAACCCUUCAAGUGUGAGAACUGCAGUGAGCGCUUCCAGUACAAAUACCAGCUGCGCUCCCACAUGAGCAUCCACAUCGGACACAAGCAGUUCAUGUGCCAGUGGUGCGGAAAGGACUUCAACAUGAAGCAGUACUUCGACGAACACAUGAAGACACACACUGGAGAGAAGCCGUACAUCUGUGAGAUCUGCGGGAAGAGCUUCACCAGCCGGCCCAACAUGAAGCGCCACCGCCGCACACACACCGGGGAGAAGCCGUACCCCUGCGAGGUGUGUGGUCAACGCUUCCGCUUCUCUAACAUGCUCAAGGCCCACCGAGAGAAAUGCUUCCGCGUCAGCAACCUGGUGAGCGACGGCACCGACCCCCUCGGCCUCCACCAGCCUCUGGCCUCGCCCGACGUGGACUCUUCCGGCUCUGCAACCACACCCUCCGCUGCCUCUAACCCCCUCCAUGGCUCCCAGCUCCCCCUGCUGCACUCCAUGGGGGGGCUGCCUCCCACCCAGCAUUUACCCCCACCGCCUCCCCUGUUUUCAGCCGGUAGGAUAAACUCCAACAACUAACAAAUCUCUGUAGCAUCGAAAGCACUUUUAGUUUUUCUCAGUGCUCUUACAAGGACUCCUGCAGCGGGACAGUGCUGCUCCUCCGUGAAAAACUGGCUACAUGGAAACCUCACCUACACCUACAACAAUAAGAAAUUGCUUUUUUAAAUACAAUAGAUAACCUCAGAGUCCAGUAGGACGUGUCAUCACCGUGCUUCUCCUCUUGAGUUUCUCACCUCUGUUCUAGUUUUAUUUUGGAUUUUCCACCACACAUCUCUCCAGAGCCUUGCACAAUGCAUUGAUUGUAGCAUCUUUUACAGAGUGGGUGGAGACAGUACCUAAAUCCUCCCUAAUGUGUGGGGAGAUUUUUUUUUUUGUAUCGUUCUCUGCCAAGAUGUAGCGAGUGGUUCUGGUCUGACCCGGCAAUAACCAAAUGCUGAUUUGUCUCUGAGCGUAUACAUGUACGGCAUUGCCAAUAACCAAAUCCUGUAAGCUCACCUGCUAUAGUUAGAUAAUGUUAUACAGCAUUUAUAAUCAAUCCUGCACCUUACAUUUAACUCUAGUGAUAUUUAAAAUGUACUCCUAAUUGUCUCCCUUUUUAUAAUUGUGAUUGUGUGUAAAUCGUGGCACGUUACGUCAAUUUGUAAGGAAGCGAGAGAAGUAGAUGCGAUGCGUGGAGAGUCCGCAAUGGAGUGUGUGGUGUUUGUAAAGGUGUGUGUGAGGAAGACUCGUAAGAUGAGGGUAUAUCUACAUUAAGCUAAUCAACGCUUAAGCUUCUACAAGUCGGAGUAAUUUGUUGAAUCUUUUGCUUACAUUAAGCAAGCGCUCCUCUCCUGUAGAUCUCACUCUGAGACGAUAUAGCACUUUUCUGUGAGUAAAACCUAAUGUAAUCAAACCUACAGUAUAUUUGUAGGUUCAAAUGUUCAAAAAAUGCUAACUUACUUUUUCCAACUAAACCCAAUGUGUAAUACGUUUGCAGAAAAACGAAAAAGAGUGUAGGUAUAUUCACAAAACCUGAUAGCUCAUUAAGUGUGUACAUUUCAUCAUUAUGUAUAUUGUGAAAUGAUAAACCCUAUAUUACAAUGCCUACAUCUUUCUAAGAGCACUGACAUCCAGUACUUUUGGCACAACAGAAAAGGGCUCCUUAUAAUUACAUCUCUAUCAUAAACAAGUCAAUUUUGUAUCUGAAGAAGUUGAUCAAAUUUAGGGACAUGUGGUAUGUAAUAGCCCUCAAUCAUUUGUGGCUCAGUGUGCACUUUUGACAAUUGUUUGUCCUAAACCUACUGGAGUAGAACAGAAAGGAAUCCCUGUCAGUAAAAAUGUCCUUCUCUGUAAGUAAAAGUUUGAUAUUUUGAGGAAUACACACAUUUGCUUUCUUGCCAAGAGUUAGAUGAGAAGAUUGAUAUGCAGCUACAGCUAGCUGCUAGUUAGCUUAGCCUAGCACAGAGACUGGAAGCUAGCUUGGUUCUGUAUGAAGCCUAAAAAAGAAAGAAAUCCACCUAAAUAGCACCCAAAGCUAACUACUUAGCACGUCAAAUCUGGUUUUGUUUUCAAUACCAGAAAAUCAAUAAUUUGUGUAUCGUUAAAAGUCAUUGUGUUUUUAAGCUAGCUCCCUGUGAAAUCACAAAUUGUAAUUUUAACACUUUGUUAGCUUUCUUCCUGUUUCCUGUCUUUAAGCUAAGCGAUGCUAGGCUAGUCUAUGCUAAAAUAACCAGCAGCUGGCUGUAGCUUCAUAUUUAGCAUACAGAUAUGAGAGUGGUAUCUUUGUGCUCUGCUAACUAGCAAGAAAGCAACACGCAUACUUCUCAAAAUGUCAAAAUAUUCCUUUUAAAUCUGACAUUUCAAUCAAUUAAUGAUCCAAAAAGAGUCUCUGUGCACUAUUGAUGCACUCCCGCUCACUUUCUGUAUAGAUAGCCUACUUGUAGUGUAGCCUAUAGCGUUAACCUGUAAAUAUUGUGUGUUUCUCCCCCUGUGAUUAAUUCCUCAUGUUUACAUUUGGAGAGUCAUUUCAAUGUGCCCCCACGUGUCUUGGCUGGUACUACGGAAAGUUGGAUUUUGUGGAUAAGCUUUUUGUAAAUGUUUGAAGCUAUUCGUUGUUUUAUUUAAGAAGAAAAUAACGCACCUUUUUGUAGUCUUGGUUCACCCCAGUUACAUGUAUUUCUUAAACUACCAUGGUUAAAUGGUAAUGGCCACAUUGAAAAAGGUACUUUUUUAUUUUGUUUCUUCAUGUGUCUAACACAUGUUUUGUACUUUAAUUUUGCUGCUUUUGUACAGGGUCCAGUUUGAAACUGCCCUUUAAAUGAAAAGUCUAGAGCUGUUAAAUUGUUGAAUAUAUUCUAAUCUAAUUUAGCCUUACUAGACCAAGAGCUCCAGGGUCACAAAUGGGCUACAAUUUAGACGUUUUAAAGCAGUUUGUCGCCAACAUUUUAUACCAAUCCAAGGAUUCAUCUUGUCUCUGGUAGAUUGACAGAGAAGGCAAUGUCACAUAAACAUUAUCUGUUGCUCUCUUGUGGUAUUUUAGUGAACUGCACUCUGUUAGCUCCACUUAGGAAAGAGAAAAGGUGAAACAUGUACCAAGUAUUUCCCUCUUCACUGCUUUGAAAGGCACCAAGAGACAAUACUGAGAUACUGUGGUUAUAGUGUGUGUAUUCGCCUUAUACUUGGAGGGAUUGAAUGUUUUUUUGUGUGUUAUAGAUUAUGAUAGUAGCUGAUGGUAAAGGAGGAGGGAUAGUAGUUAGUACUACUGAUUAAUGCACUUUGAAUUUGAUUGCUACGCUAGCCCAUUAUGGGAACAUGUUUGCAGAUACAAGGUGAACAACAGAUACCGGAGCAGAGAUGUGUAGUGAAAAUAUAUCUUCCACACAGCAGGCUUAAUCCAAAGGCAGACAUUUUACAUUUAUCGUUUUUGGAAAUUUAUGUUUUUGAAUAAUUUGAAAAAGCUCAAAUUCUUUGUAUUUUUCUUCAAAUAUUGAUCAGAUUGUGGAUUGGGUGCAGAAGUGGCAGGGGCCUGUUUGACAUCAUUGGCUGUUUCUGAUUGGCUUGUUCCCCGAUUACUACAUUUAUAAAGAAGUUCUGACCAAUGUGCGUCUAUUUAAUGGGCUUUAAUAUAGGAGUCAUAUUUCUUUCUAUGUGAAAUUGUAAAGGAAGUUGUCAGUUGCCAAAAUUGAUAAAUGAGAGUUAUUAAUUAUUAUGAGCACUUUAAACUCCAGUUCCGCUAGUAUGUUAUUAAGGCUGAUGCAGUAGCAGUUAUAUGACUGGAAAUCUGCUGAUGGCACUUGUGUUUUUUAUAUUUCCAUGACAUAAGGAUUAUAGGAAAUUACAAAAAUGCAGUCUCUGCCAGAAACGUGUCCUUGGCCAGUGAUAAAUCCUGUGAACCAACAUUUCAUUCAGACCGAGGGGACUUCAGAAGUGUUUGUUCAGACCCUAAAAACCUGUUUGAAGUUAGAUGGAAAUAUAAUAACAGCAGCAUAAGUGAUGGGCUUCCAAACUAGUGAAGUAUUAAUGAAUGGAUUCUUAAUUAGUGAAACAAAUUGGGUCAUAUUUAUAAUUUUGGAGGUGAUUCUUUUGUUUUUAAACCCUAUAAAACAUUUGCAUUUAAUGACACAGCAUUUUGAGGAAGUGCAAAAAUCUGAAUCCACCCUCGGAAGCAGAAUUUAUUUGUAGAUCCUUUGUCUUGGAUUAUUUAGCCUUUCCUAAAUCCAGACGCAAACGAGACAAAAACAUUUAAUCGAGCUCUGGAUUAAAAUCUCCCCCAAAUCCUAAAAAGAGUGUAAGUAUUUGUUAUUUAAAAGUGAAAUGGCAGUGAAGCUGAGAUAUAAGAAACUGAGAAGGGAAACGUUUGCACAGGCAAGGCUUUAUAUUUGAAGAUUAGCCAAAUUGUCCUUUGCUAAGGCUAGCAGCCAAAGGCUUGUAUUAGAUCAGGCAGAAGUGGACCUGCCCUUCUCCUUAAAAUAGGGUCUAACGGUGAUUAAGUGGAUGCCUAGACAUCACAGUGACGUGCAUUCUGCAUUGCCCUCGAAGCAAAUGUUCAUCACGUCAUGAAGCAUUGAACAUGGCAGUCGGUGCAAAGCAGAAUGCUAAUGACACGGACAAAUUGGGUCGCCAUUAAAACUUGUGUUUUCGCUGCUAGAGCUGAAGUUUGUAUCCAGAACGAUUUGUAUCCGUGGCCUUCCUGGGAU